AUGGAAAAUAUGAAUAAUGUCACAGAAUUUAUUCUUUUAGGACUUUCUCAGGAAAAGGAAGUCAAUGUUCUCUGUUUUCUACUGUUUUUACUUUGUUAUAUUGCAAUUUUGACAGGAAAUCUGCUCGUCAUGAUUUCUAUCACCUGCAGUCAGCUCAUUAACCAGCCCAUGUAUUUCUUCCUGAGUUACCUCUCACUCUCAGACCUUUGCUACACCUCCACUGUUACCCCCAAGCUAAUCACUGACUUCCUGGCAGAAAAGAAGACCAUUUCCUAUAAUGGCUGCAUGACACAGCUCUUUACCAUGCACUUCUUUGGAGGUAUUGAGGUCUUCAUUCUUAUAGGGAUGGCCUAUGACCGCUAUGUGGCCAUCUGUAAGCCCCUGCACUAUCCUGUCAUCAUGAGCAGGUGGAGGUGCAUCCUCAUCAUUGCUGCUUCCUGCGCUGGUGGAUUCCUGCAUUCCCUUGGCCAGUUUCUCCUCGCCAUCUUCUUACCCUACUGUGGCCCCAACGAGAUAGAUCACUACUUCUGUGAUGUGUAUCCUUUGCUGAAACUGGCCUGUGCUGACACAAGAAGAAUUGGUCUCUUGGUCAUUGCUAAUUCAGGCCUCAUGGGCCUGGUGACUUUUGUCAUUUUGUUGUUAUCUUAUGUGGUGAUCUUAUGCACUGUCAGGUCCUACUCUCUGGAGAAUCGCAGCAAAGCUCUUUCCACCUGCAGUUCCCAUAUCACUGUGGUGGUCCUUUUCUUUGCUCCUUUGCUCUUCAUUUACAUUCGACCAGCUACUACUUUACCAGAAGACAAAGUCUUUGCUCUUUUUUAUACUAUCAUUGCCCCCAUGCUCAACCCUCUGAUAUAUACCCUAAGAAACACAGAGAUGAAGAAUGCAAUAAAGAAAUUAUUGUUCUGUAUCAUGGGAAAGAAAGGAAAUAGACUGAAAGACAUUCUUGAUUCUUACCACUGA